AUGGUGCCAAACUAACCUUAAGGGGACAAUUAAAAUAUGUAGUAGAAUAUUUAAGAAGCUUAAAGAUUAUUGAAAAAAGUUAUUAGUAAUAUUAUCAUCUAUUAGGUAAAGAAUUACAUAAUUUAAAGAAAUACUAAGAAGCUAUCGAAUGUUAUGAUAAAGCUAUUCUAAUUAAUCCUUAAUUUGAUACUACCUGAUAUAACAAGGGUACUUAAUUUAUAAGCACUAUUAUUUAGGUUAUGCUUAAGCUUUCAGUUUACAUUGCUUAAAGUGUUGUAGAUAAUAAUUUAAAGAAAUACUAAGAAGCUAUAGAAUGUUACGAUAAAGCUCUUCUAAUAAAUCCCAAAAAUGAUUAAAUAUGGAAUAACAAGGGUAAUUUAUUUAUAAAUUUAUUAUUUAGGCCAUGCGUUAAGGAAUUUAAACAAAUACUAAGAAGCUAUAGAAUGUUAUGAUAAAGCUCUUCUAAUUAAUCCCUAAAAUGAUUAAGCAUUGAAUAACAAGGUUAAAUAAUUUAUGAAUUAAUUUAGGCUCUGCAUUACAUUAUUUAAAGAAUAAUACGAAGCUAUUGAAUGUUACAAUAAAGCUAUUAUAAUUAAUCC